UCAAAGGCAUCUCGCUUUUUAUCAAAACAUUUGAAACCUAUGUUCGUUAGUGCAAGAUUUACUUGUAGUUUUAGCUAUAGUCAUUUACCGUGAAUAUAAGAUAAAGGAACUAUAUAAUUAUGCACAAAUGGCAACUGAUUCACCAAAGACUACUAAACUGAAGCAACGGUUAAUUGUAACCGCAAUUGAUAUAGGGACAACAUACAGCGGCUGGGCAUAUUCUACACUAAAUGACCCUGACAAGGUCUAUGCAAAUCAGGCAUGGUUUGCUGACGAAGGGUCAUUUGCAUCUCUAAAGACGUCAUCGUGUCUCCUUUUUACACCAGAAAAAGAGUUCAAACAUUUUGGAUAUGAAGCAGAAACAGAGUUUGUACGCCUAGCUGGGGAAAAUGAGCACCAAGGCUGGUACUAUUUCCGAAGAUUCAAAAUGGCUCUGUUAAACGAUCAGAAAUUGAAUCGAUAUACUACAAUCGAGGACAUAUCAGGAAAAAAAAUGCCAGCACUAGUGGUAUUUGCGAAUGCUAUAAAGUUUCUGAAGGACAACUUUACGGCAACGGUUCGGAACAGAGUACCCAGUUUAGAAGACACUGAUGUGACUUACGUCUUAACUGUUCCAGCUAUUUGGGAUGCUAUGGCUAAAAGAUUUAUGCGAGAAGCAGCUGUCGAGGCUGGGAUUCCAAAUAAACAGCUGGUUAUAGCUCUUGAAUCCGAAGCGGCGUCAGUUUGGUGUCAGGGAAUAAAAACAGAAAUUCAACGUUGCGAUGAAAUUGAUGCCUUUGGCAUUUCAGCUGUUGGGACCCGUUAUAUGAUUGUUGAUUUAGGAGGAGGCACUGCUGACAUCACUGUUCACGAAAGAAGACCAAACAAUACUUUGCUUGAGAUACAUGAACCAAUAGGUGGUCCAUGGGGAGGCAUAGAAGUUGACAAAAACUUCAUUGAAUUGCUUGUAGUAAUCUUUGGUGCGUCUGAAUGGGAGAAAUACAAAAGAAAUGAGUUAGAAGAUUUACUUUACAUGUACAGAGAUUUCGAAGCAAGGAAACGAAAUAUACAGCUAACGUUCAAGCAGAUAAUUAUCAAAGUACCUUCAAGCUUAAAGGAACACUACGAGCGAAAUAGAGAUAGAUCGAUUUCGGAAGUUGAGCAUCUAUUUGACGGGAAUAUAACGUGGCAGAAGGACAAAUUGAAGAUUUAUGCAUCACUUAUCGGGAACUGUUUUGAGGAACCGGUUGAAAAGAUCAUUUACAAUGUGGAGAAGCUAUUGUCAAAGCAGAAACUGAGAAACGUCAGCAAAAUAAUACUUGUUGGUGGUUUUUCUGAAAGCCAUUACAUACAAGAGAGCUUUAGAGCAAAAUUUGCUGACAAGCAAAUUAUCAUACCAGCUGAAUGUGGACUAGCCGUCCUAAAAGGUGCUGUUCUCUUCGGGCACAAUCAGUCAGUUGUUACCGCUCGAAUUGCACGUUAUACAUACGGUGUAAAUAUUGCUGUCCCAUUUGAUCCUACAAAGCAUCCCAGGGACAAAAUGAUUGAUACUGAUGCAGGUAAAGUUUGCAAAGAUUUAUUUUGGAAAGCAGUUGAGAUCGGACAAGAGAUUAAGGACGGACAUGAAGUGUCAAGAAAAGGACGAGCAGUAAAUCACUUUCAAGCACAAGUUUCCAUUAAAUUUUUCAAAUCAACUGAACGAGACCCGAUUUUCACAACAGAUAAAGGAUGUCAAGUAAUUGGAGACAUUAUGGUUCCGAUGGAAUGUACAUUAAAGGCCGAGGACAAUGCCGUCGAGGAAAUUUACAUAUUUGGAGGCACAGAAUUAAGGUUUAAAUCCAAACACUUAGCUCGUGGGGAUACACAUGAACUUAACAUUGAUCUUUAAUGCACUAUAAGCCCAUUCUGUUAUGCUGACACCCACUCCGAUCCCAAUUGGAAAACAUUCGUAUUUAAAAUUAAAUCAUUGGUAGUGUUCAAAUUCUAGUCUACCCUUGAUUAACUUGUCAUAAUUGAAAUGUACAAUAAUCACAUAUUCUUAAUUUUUGACUGAUUGUUUGGUAUAAAAUCAUUGUAUCAGUCAAGUUUACAUAUUUUUUAUCUGUAAAAUGGACAUGUACUGAUCGUUUAGACUUUUUUAUUGAAAUAAUACAUACUUAAAAGACACCCUGAAUAAAUUGUAAAUUUUUAUCCUUAAUUCUUUCCUGGAUGCUUAUUGUGGCGUUUUGUUGGGGAAAUUACAUCUCAAAUCUCGAAACAAAGAUUUAAGUACGUUGUUGUGUAACUGUUUGAUAAUUUCACAUCGAAUUAUUUACUUUGUUUUUUAACUUGUAAAAAUCUAUUAUACAUUGACCGUUAUAAACAUUCUAUAAACAUGUAAAAUAUUUGGUACUAAACUAAGCCUACAACAUUUUCAAUUUUGUCGUCUUAGGUGUUCUUAAAAGCUUCCCUUUUUCUCUAUAUUAUUGAUUUAUUGAUAAAUUUAUUUUAUUCUUUUCAAAAUGCGACACUUUAAUUUUGCUAUGUAUUAGUUCUGACUAAAACUACAAAUAAAUGUUGUAAUUACGAACCUACGUUUUCAAAUGUUUGAAUUAAA